GUCGAGUAGACAUAAUGAACCAAGCGCUUUGCGCUUUGACGAAUGUUGUCUUUUACUUUUUCUAAAAGUACAUUUUUUUUCACUUGGUCUGCAACAUCUAUAGAUGUUCGCAAGGGGUUAAUAACCAUUCAGCACAAUCUGGAUCACUAUCGUAAUAGCGAUAGCAAGCGGAGAACGUGCAUCUUGCGUGCAGCUGUCAGAGCUGACGACUGGUCGAAGAGUUGUCUGUUUCUGAUGCUGAUAACGAUUUCGUAUCCAAACAUUUCGACAAUGAGUAUUCAAUUUUCGAUUGCAGAAUUAUUAAUGUUUUCUCUUAAUGUAAUUUCCAAUGAAAACAACAAACCAGCAACUCAACCUCCUCCUGAGCUGUUCCAACCCCAAGGCAUAACAUACUACAGCCCUGAAGAACAAUUAAUGCCUCGUACUAUUACUCAGAAGCGACAGAGCACUGCUAUUCCCAUAGUUCCCCCUCCAGAAAAAGGACCUAGAGGCCGUGGGCGAUUGCGUGAGGAAGUUAGCGGAGGGACAACUCCUGUUGGAGAUCCAGGUGCUGGAGGGGAUGCCACUUCUUCAGCAUUAAAGGAAGCUCAAAUGGAGGAUGCUCCUGAAAUUAUGAAAACAGAGCUAGUGAUUGAGGAGCCUGGGAACUCUAAAUCGACGAUUGAUCCUGUGCCUGAAGCUAGCCAAGAAACCAGACAUGAAGAAAUUUCAAAGAAAACAGUUGUUUCUCCAGAAAUAAUUGAGGCCAUUAAUGUCACUGAAAUUCCUGAAUCAGCUGAAGCAGUGGAAGCAGCAAAGUCCAUUAUUGCUGCUGAGGCAGCUUCUUCUCAAAGUAAUGCUGUUUCUAGUUGUAUUGAAAGUAGUAGUACUACUGAAAGCAAUACAACUAGUAGUAACACUAAUGAAACUGAUGCGGCACCAGUCAGUGUCACAUCAGCAGAACAGGUUACUCAAGCAUAAGGGAUGUAGUAAAAAAUCAUAUCAUGUGUGUUGUUUUGACCCAUGACUAAUCAGAAUCAGGAAUGCUUUUGUAUAUUGACCGUGCCUGCCUGACAUUAUUUAUAUAUGUUACAAUGUAUAGGUGUUAAAUGUAUUUUGCAGACACAUUUUUAAGAGUGUUGGAUAGUUAGUCAGUUAUCUGUUAUCAUCCUUGAAUGUUGAACAUAGUAUUUGGUUAAUGCAGAAGCCAUUUGUGCAACAAUUAUGGUAUGUUCCACAUGCCAAAACAAAAUGAUAAGAGUAAAUGAAAAACUUAUCCACUUGUAAAUACUUGAAAUAGACAAUAUCUUCCUAACCACAACUAUUUUGAGGUUUUAUGGUAUUUGAUACUUUAUGAAUGCACAGGGUGAUGAAUUAUAUAACAACUUCUUGUAAAACUUUUCUGUUGUGAUGUGGGCAGGACGUUGGUAUUUGUUCCCUCACGAUUCCUUUCAGAAGUGACCAAGUUUAACAAUAUUUUAUUUGCAUGACCUAUAGAGUAAAUGAAAUUUUCUGAAUAGUGAUUUUGUUUUAUUAUGGAUAAUACUUUAGCAGAUAAUGGCCUAUUAUUUCCACUGGAAAAUGAUGUCUUUGUGUUUUGUAGCAUUCAUACUUGCUACAAGUGAAACACUCCUGAUGUAAUUCAGUAAUGCAUCCUUUUACAUUGUAAAGUAAAGGAUUCUUGAUGUAUACCAUAUUACAGUAUCUUGUGUUCAUUGUUACUCUUAUUCUAAUGAGAGACAAAAAUUAAAACGAUGAGAAAAAUGUUCAGACCUCCAUAUCAAGCAUUUUUGUUUAGGCAUUUGCUUAUGGAGUGAGUUUAUUAGUAAAUGGGCUGUAGUAAUUUGUUGUGGUAUGUUGUUGCAUGUAAUGAAAUGUAAGAUAUAUUCUAUAUUGUUGGAAGCAGACAUUUCAUUAACAAUUUAACUGAUGUGAUCAUCACUUAGGCUGAAAGUGAAGAAGACAGCCUUCACUAUGUGUUGAUAAUUCAUUUGUUAUGAAAGGAGUGUGUUGUCACAAGAUGUAACAAAAUUCUAUAAAACAUUUUUCCUUCAAUAUUUCACAUACUGUGGCUAUGACAUUUUAACAUAGACAAUCUGUGGCCUGGUGAAGGCAGCUCAAUUUUUGGUAUUACGAAAUAGAAUGCCAAUCUCUUAUUGGUUGAUGAUCAAUUAAAACCUGCUUGAUGUUGCUAGAAUGUCUCGAAUAUUAAGAUGGAAGGGCACAGUUGCAGUGGUUUAAUUGUGAAUAAUGUUACUGAAAAUGUGCAAUAUUUGGAGACAGAAAUCAGCAUUGGCUGAAAGAUUGGAAAUAAUAUUCUGGACCAUAGGGGUGGAUUGCUGAUGGUUACAGCUUGGUUGUUUUUUUUUAAUGUUUUUUUAUAAUGGAACAUGUACUGAACAUUUAGGUAAGUUUCCUACUCAGCUGGUGGUUGUACAAUUAGUAUUUUUAUAAUGUUAAUUUAUUGCCUUGCAAGUUGAAUUUGUUGUUAAAUGCGCAAAGAGAGAAGCUUUCCAUUUGUAUUUAUUUAAAAGGAAGAAACAAGUUAUGGAAGAAAAUAGGGUAUUUUUUAAGUAUCCUAUUUAUUUAAUUGUUGUAGUGGGUUUAUAUUUCCUUUUGCAUCAUAGUAGCUGAAGAAUAUGAAUUUAUAAUUAUUCUAAUUAUUGAAACUAUUUUACUGACAAUAUUUAUUUUAUUCUCUCCUGUUGCUUUACUAGCAUUUUCAUGCUUUUAUAUAUAUUAUAUUAAGAAUUGUCAAAAAUGGUACUAAUUCUGUCCCUUGUACAAAGAUUUUGAAAUAAAUGCAGGUUCUUGAAAAACAAUUUUUUUUUUCAGCAUUUUCCUUCCGAAUGUUAUCCCUUGUCUUCAUAUUCUCACAAAUAAACACUCAUUGCUGUGAUG